AUGGCGCCCGGGGCGACGAUGAUGCAGCCGAUGCCUCUGCAGCCCGUGCGUGAUGAUAUCGACAACACGUGGGAGUACUUGCAAACUGGCAUCACCAAGAUCAUGAUGAAUCUCCAAGACGGCGUUGAUAUGCGAACUUACAUGGGAAUAUACACGGCUGUCCACAACUUCUGCACGUCCCAGAAAGCUAUCGGAUUUAGUGCGUCAUCAAACAUUAGUUCUGGUGGCCAUAGGGGCGCUCAUCUACUCGGCGAGGAUCUCUACAAGAAGUUGACGGAAUAUCUGACCGAACACCUCAGGGGAUUGGUUGCUGAGUCGAAGGCACAUACCGACGAAGCACUACUAGCAUUCUAUAUUAGAGAAUGGCACCGCUACACCGACGCUGCCAAGUACAUCCACCAUCUAUUUCGAUACCUCAACCGUCAUUGGGUUAAGAGGGAAAUGGACGAGGGCAAGAAAUCUAUCUACGAUGUCUACACUCUGCACCUUGUUCGGUGGCGCGAUGUUCUCUUUGCGCAGGUUUCGAUCAAGGUCAUGGAGGCGGUUCUGAAGCUGGUGGAGAAACAACGCAACGGCGAGACGAUCGAGUACAAUCAGAUAAAGCAGGUCGUCGAGUCCUUCGUGUCCUUGGGUCUAGACGAGGGCGAUUCGUCAAAGACGACCCUGGACGUGUAUAGGUUCCACUUCGAGAAACCGUUUCUCGAGGCUACGAAGGGUUUCUACAAGAACGAAAGCAAGCAGUUCGUUGCCGAGAACAGCGUCGUCGAAUAUAUGAAGAAGGCCGAGGCUCGAUUGGAUGAAGAAGCGGAACGCGUCAAGAUCUAUCUCCACCCUGAUAUCGCCGUCUCCUUGAAGAAGGCUUGCGAUCAAGUACUGAUCGCCGAUCAUUCUAACAUCCUCCGCGACGAAUUCCAGGUCCUUCUCGACAAUGAUAGAGAAGAAGAUAUGGCGCGCAUGUAUAGCUUGCUGUUGCGUAUCCCCGACGGCUUGGACCCCUUGAGGUCAAAGUUUGAAGCACACGUGCGGAAUGCUGGUCUGGCUGCCGUUGCCAAGGUGGCAUCGGACGCUGACAAGCUUGAGCCAAAAGUCUAUGUGGAUGCUCUCCUCGAGAUCCACACACAGUACCAAGGACUUGUCAAGCGUGCUUUCAAGGAAGAGCCCGAGUUCACACGCUCACUCGAUAACGCCUGCAGAGAGUUCGUAAACCGGAACGAGGUGUGCAAAUCCGGGUCAAAUAAGUCUCCGGAGCUGUUGGCCAAGUACACCGACAUUCUUCUCCGCAAGAGCAGCACUGGUGUUGAGGAUCGCGAACUGGAAAACACACUAACCCAGAUCAUGACUGUGUUCAAGUACAUUGAAGACAAGGACGUGUUCCAGAAGUUUUACUCGCGCAUGCUAGCCCGUCGCUUGGUGCAUAGCAACUCCUCAUCAGACGAUGCCGAGACCAGCAUGAUAAGCAAGCUCAAAGAGGCCUGUGGCUUUGAGUACACCAACAAACUGCAGCGCAUGUUCCAGGACAUGCAAAUCUCCAAGGAUCUGAACACUGGCUUUAAGGAGCACGUCCAGAGCCUGGGCGUUAAAGGCCUUGAUUCGUCGUAUUCUAUCCUAGGAACAGGUUUCUGGCCUCUGACACCACCGGGGACUACCUUUAACCCGCCAGAAGACAUCAUGGCCGACUACGAACGGUUUUCUCGUUACUAUCGCAACAAGCACGAGGGCCGCAAACUGACCUGGCUGUGGCAACUGUGCAAGGGUGAGGUCAAGGCCAACUACAUCAAGAAUGCCAAGAUGCCGUAUACGUUCCAGGUAUCGAUCUACCAGAUGGCGAUUCUUCUUCUUUUCAACGACAAGGACAAGAUCACAUACGACGAGAUUGCAUCGACCACGCAACUCAACACUGACUCGCUUGAUCCAUCUUUAAGCAUCUUGGUCAAGGCAAAGGUCUUGACAGUGAGCCCUGACGGCGAGAAGGUGGGGCCAGGGGCAACUUUCACGCUGAACUACGACUUCAAGAACAAGAAGUUCCGCGUGAAUCUCAACGUCGGCAUGAAAUCGGAAACCAAGCAGGAAGAGGCGGAGACGAACAAGACGAUUGAAGAGGACCGUAAGCUUCUCCUCCAGUCGGCUAUUGUGAGGAUCAUGAAGGCCCGCAAGCGCAUGAAGCACCAACAGCUCGUCAGCGAGACCAUUAACCAAAUACGGGGGAGAUUUGUCCCCAAGGUGGGCGACAUCAAGAAGUGCAUUGAAAUUCUUCUAGACAAGGAAUACCUGGAGCGUCUCGACGAUGACGAUCUCGGGUACCUGGCAUAG